GAAAAUCAUAAUUGUUUUGACUGCCUUACUGUACUUCCAUGUAGGAAGUUAGAGACACAUAAUAGAUAUAUCCAUGUAGGAAGUUAGAGACACAUAAUAGAGAUAUGUAGUUUAUAUAAUACCGCUACUUCCACGUGGAAAUGUUGUUUUGUACUGACUACCCCUUGUGAGUACAUGCUCUUUAUGUAAACAAGCUUUUAUUAGACCACCUUCUCUUUUAUACCUCAAAUGUCCUGAUACCGCUAAAAUCUCUACGCCAAAAGAAACAGGGGCGGCUGGAAAGAAAUCGAAGGGGGACACUACCCACGUCUGCAUUUCCUUGUUGUCGAUUGAAUAAUGACUUAUGCAGGGCCGUUCUCAGUGAGCAAUAACGUCCGACCGCAAGCACAAACAUUUUUAUAGAGGAAAAUAAUUUUGCGCGAAGGCAACGCACGCAAGCUUACGCACGUACGCACGAACCUGAGGAACACUCAGACUGAAAUUCAAGGACACGUGCACAGACAUAUUUAAGGAAAUAAUCCGCAAGAGCUCACUUAGUACACGCAGGGAGUCCGCACUUCCAGGUACACUUACCUGAGCGAGCGGCUAACGCCCGAGCGUCCUCGGAAUAGCGCGCAGAGGCCUGAAGCACCUCCAGCAGAGCGUGCGGCUGACGACCACGACGACUCCACUGAGACACAAGUGCUGUGAAGGAGUGAUUGGUGUUUACGGAAAACUAGCAGCAAAGCAACAAUACCUGUUGACGGUGCAGUGGUGUUUAGUGAUCAUAAUUUUCUGUUUUUCUUCUUCUCAUUAUUAUUGUUCUUUUUAAGUCAUAAAUCAGAACGAAUUUUCGUGUAAUCUUGUGUUUGCAACUCAUAUAAUUAAAGUCGAUCAGCCAUUCCGAUUGGGUUUUUGUGUUGUACUGCAAGCUUAUAUAAAUUCAGGCAGCGCUGAAACAAAACUCAGAAACCAUUUUGCAAAUUCUCUGAGCUAAAAGGUUUCCAAGACUAGCCCGCUCUAGUCGCAACGCCGCCAACGCCAAGCGGUGUAAGUCGAGGAUCGCCAAUGUUAAGUGAACUAAAAUUCAGAAGAUGGAAUAAUACCCACGAAGAAAACACAAAAAACGUCGAACGAACGCUGCCGAAUCUCGUCAUCCCCCGGCGGCUCAAGAGGCGCCUCGAUGAUAGUUCCGUCUGAUCCUGCAAGGAACUGUUUGGGCCUUCCUUACAGCAACACAUAUGAGGCCAGAUUUAAAGUGGUGGGGCGGGAGGGCUGCAGAAGUAUGGAGGUGAUAGAUGGCCGCCCGGCUCCUGCAAGUCCGGACCCCAACGACCACCACCCACACCUCAACAUGGGUGGUAUGAGUCCCGCAGAGGGGCCCACACCCCCUGCGCCCCCGCCGCCGCCGCCACAACAGCCCCAGACCGACGGCUACUGGAACAUGCAUCUGGAAGUGCUCAGCAAGUUGAAAGGUGAGGGCAAAGACUGGUACGAUGGCGACGCAAUUGACACCAGCAUCGGGGGCCAGGGGGUCAAGCCCGAACAGGACCCCUAUGCGCCAUAUUCCCAUAUGCACCACCACCACCCCAUGACUCCGGAAUCCAUGCACGGAGCGUCUCUCAACGGACCCCACAUGGGAUACCCAUCUCUACAGCAGCAGAGUCAGCACCAGCAGCACUACACGGGCUACCAGAGUCACCCGGGGAUGGGCGACAUGUCCCCCAUGUCCCCGAAUUACCAGGCCCACUCGAGACCUCCCCCUCACCCGCAGCAGCAUAUGAACCAGCACAUGGCCCCCCAGCAUAUGGGUCAGUACGCAGACCAGCAACAAAUGGGCCUUUCCCAUCACGCGCAGUACCCGGGUCAGAUGGGUCACAUGGGUCAGGGCAUGCCCGGUCAGGGGCACCCGGGUCACGACGGUCCUCCAGGGCGAGAGGGAGAUCCUUAUAGUUUCGUGGACGAGUACUCUGGUCCGCCUCCGAGACCCGUCGAAGAAAUCCUCGGCCAAACGCAACCCAAGAGAAGAGGCCGCAAACCCAAACAUAUAAAACUCAUGGAAAAUGGCUCAAUGAUGGGAUUUGGUGAUGGCCUGGGUUGCGGUGCGGCAGCUGGGAGGGUUUUCGAUACACCCGAGUCACACUAUCCGAGUGGGGAUCCAUUGGCAAUUGCCGCUGCUCAAGCUGCUCACGAGGCCAAGAAAAGAAAGUGGAAACAACUGGGGCCCGACGGUAAGCCAAUCCUAGCGCCCAUGAAGCAGCGGAAAAAAGUCGACCGCUUCGACGGCAUCUCCGAGGAAGACGUCGCCAAGAAGACCUUACCCGAUCACUUGGCGCCUAACUUGGAUAUAGUCAUUAUCGGAAUAAAUCCAGCAUCCUGCAAUAAUCAAGGCUUUGAGGAAGAUAAAAAUAAUUACUCUGUCACACGGCGUAGUGAUGUCUAUCAGCUACCAAUUGGGAAAUGUUUGUACCUGUCUGGCUUAAUUCCGGAACCUCUCACAUCUGAGGAUGACUUCAGGCUCCUAGAACAUGGAAUUGGUUUCACCAAUAUUGUUGCCAGAACUACAAGAGGUUCAGCUGACUUAACCAGGAAGGAAAUAAAAGAAGGUGGACAGAUACUUCUAUCAAAACUUCAGCGAUUCCAGCCUAGAAUUGCAGUCUUUAACGGAAAAGGAAUCUAUGAAAUCUUCUCUGGGAAGAAAGAAUUUACUUUUGGAAGACAACCAGAAAAAAUUGAAGGAACUCGCACUCAUGUUUGGGUGAUGCCAUCAUCAUCGGCACGGUGCGCACAGCUUCCACGGGCACUAGAUAAGGUACCCUUCUACACUGCUCUGCGGAAAUUCCGAGACUUUAUAAAAGGCAACCUUGAUGAACUGAAUGAGGAGGAAAUUACGUUUGUUAAUGGAAAAGCAAAGUCCUUCAAAACAGAAGGGUGUGAAAAGAUGGAACUUGGCUGUGAAGGUCAACCGGGAGAAUUGUGUCCUCCUCCAGACAUGUGUCAACCAAGAGAACUUUGCCCCCCAAGAGACAUGUGUCCACCAGCGCCAGACCACAGAGAAUCUCCACAUAUUGGGGAGGAAUUGCUUAGUAUUAAGGAAGAACCAGACGUUUCGACCAAGCUCAGUGAUGAUAUGGAAGAAGACGACCUUGGCAAAGAAAUGCCUCGUACAUUAUAUAACUUGAAUGGGAUGACAAGAGAACAGCUCGAAGGAUUGGACUGUCCGACAAUACCAAUCAGAAAAAAGAGAGGCAGACCCAAAAAGACACCUGAUGAUCCAAAUGCCCCUCCCCGUCCUCGGCCUCGGCCACAAAGCUUUGAUCCACUUAUGUGCAAUGGUGAAGAGCCCAUUAAGAAAAAGAGAGGGCGACCAAAGAAAGUACUUGAAGAUGGUACAAUUCCACCUCCUAAGAAACCUGGUCGGAAACCAAGAGCACUAAAAGAAAUGCUGCUGGCUCAGCAACAGCAGCAGCAGCAGCAAGGAGCUGUGCAUCAGCCCCAUCAACCUCAUCAAACUCAUCCACAUCAUCCACAACAUCAUUUACAACAGCAACAACUAAGUCAACAACAACAGCUAAGUCAACAGCAACCACUGGGUCAGCAGUCCUCGCUGACUCAACAGCCACCAUUAAGUCAACAACCACCACCACCACAGUCUGUGGGAAUGUCACACAUGAAUGGAAUGAUGUCUCCUAGAGGAUUUAGUCCUAACCCUGGUGCUCAGACGUUCUCUCCCCAGUAUGGAGGUCACACUCCAGUACAUGGUGGCGGGAGCCUCACCCCUAAUCAUAAUGCAGGCAAUCAGACCCCUGGCCAUACUGCUGCAAUGGUUCCUAGAGGACCAACUCCACAGCAGUUUGGCCAGUCUCCGGGAUAUUCUCCUGGUCCUGUCAACAAUCAACCCCCACAAAGAACAACACCAUACAGUCAACAGGCUGAUACGCCAACUGACCUGAAGGUGGAAGAAGAUCAUCAUUUAUUAGCGUCACCCCCAGCUUCUCCAAUGAUGGCUCAACCAGACUUCGAACCUCCAAGUAGUAUGCCUGAGGGAGAUAUGUCCAUUGGUGCUUCAGAUACUCAGAGUUCAGCAGCUCUCACCCCAAGUCAUCAACAUCAAGAGGAUGGCAAGGCAUCUGUACCACUAACCUCCAGGGACCAGCCUCAGCUCACCCCUACGAUGCCAGGCCAGUUCUCUAACCCAACCACUCCAGUAGAUGGCAGCUCAUACCAGAAUUAUCCUUCGUAUCCUUCCAAUGCUUCUCAUUCUCCAUCUAUGGUGAAACCUCCCAUACAUCCUGGGCAGUCACCAACUGUUACAAAUAAGGGAGAUGUAGCAUCUAAGAGCUUGUCAGGUCUUGAGUCAUUAGUGGACCAGAUACCAAGCUUGAAUGAGCAUGAGACAAGUAGCCAGCAUUCUGCUCACUCUAAUUCUGCCCCUUGCUCUAAUCCUACUACUCCUGGCCCUCCUACGGGAUCAGCGCCCUUCAGUCCUGGUCAUGUUCCGCCCACCUCCACCUAUCAGAGCUACCCAGGGGGGAGCAGCUCAGGAGCCUCGGCUUACCCAUCUUCCCACUAUGGCUCCCCACAAUCUUCACAUCCGUAUUCCCCUCACUACAGCUCUAACAGUACAAACCUCAGUACAAAUUUCAGUGUGAGCUCACUGGCAAAUAGCAGCAUUAGUACCACUAUGUCAUACAGUAGUGCUUACGAUCUAGGUUCACCACAGGCAUCAACAAGCUCAUUUAGUGUGUCGUCAUUGACUAGCAGUGCUCCUGCCCCUUCCCCCUCCAUGUACAGCACCUCCUACUCCCCAGCACCUCCUCCAACUGCUCCUGGGCCGCCACCUCCACACUCCUCAUAUCCAGAUAUCAUGAGUCCCUCUAUGUUAGCUGCCACGCCUCCAAUGGGUUCAUCUUUUAUGGGCUCUCCCAGCCUGAUGAGCUCACCAACACCCAUGAGCUCAAGUAUGAGUGGGUCCUCAAUGGGUCCAAUGGGUGCUCUACACUCUUCGAUGGGUAUGACAUACCCAUAUUCACAGUAUAGUGAUGCUACUCCCAGUUACCCUCCACCUGGUCACUCAACGUUUCCCUAUCCACCCACUACACCCGGGUUCCAUGUACCCUCUCCACGUUUCCCUUACCCGUCCCCUUACGCAAAUUCCCCCUACACUCAAGGUUACUCCCAAAAUGCCAUGCUGGAGCGCAUCAAGCAAACCAGUAUGGGAAUGGGUUUUGGGGGAUUUUAAGGUGCAAGGAUAGUAACAGAUAGAAGUACUCUGGUGUAGCGUACUAGCCAUGUAAAGGAAAUAGUUGUCACUGUUUCCCAUGCUCACUGUAUUGUCUCAGUGUCAGUUCCUUGUUUUAGCUUUUUUAUAUAUUUGUUACCCUAGAGCACCUGGUAAGCUCCACUUCCAUGUCUUCACUGUCAAGUGAUAAGGUGAAGGAGAGUAGUGGUACAGUACUUUCAGUGACUAAUUGUUUGUAAACUGUUCUUUGUGUGUGGAGAAGGGAGUGUUAGCCAUAUAUGACAGGGUAAUAAUAAUUGCUAAGCAUUGUGAUGCACCAGUGCAGCACUCCUUCCCCCAGUGAACAGUGUUAACUGUUGCAUCACCAUUCCUGCAUUGUGCACCAAUAUUGGCCAGUGAUCUCAUGAGCCGUGUAAGAGGCCGACUGAUGUUACCGCUGGGAGCGGAAUCAACACAGCUCACAAAUGAUAGGAACCACUCUGGUUAAACAGGCAGGAAAGGGUUACUUCCUCCCAAGUAGUAAAACUGGAGACAAUGAUGAUGAUUAAGUUGUAACAGUGAUUUGGGGGCAUAGUCCUCUACAGUGAAUUGGUGGCUGGAAAUCCAUAGAACUGUGAACAAUAAUACUGGAAGGUCCUGCCAAUAAUGAAUUGAGCUUACCCACUGUGAAAUUAUCAUGACAAACAUUAAGUCAGAUAAACUUGUGAUGCAGAAAUGUGUGAUUGUGUGUGUGUUGAAAGCAGAGUCCAGUUUAGUGUCCACAAGGAAAAAAUGAGAAAGUUAUGGCAGACAAUGGAGAAGACACUUGAAGAAGGAGAAGAGUGUGUGAGACAGUUCCUUCCAACAGAUAAUGUAAAGUCUAGUAUUAAGAAGCCAGACCCUUUUAUAUGGACAGCACAAUACUCUUUUGGUGCAAUAUAGUCAUCAAUCAUUCAUGCGCACAGUGUUGACAGAUGUUUUUUGAAAUGAUAUUAACACACUUGUUUAUAUCAACCACCCACAUUUGCAGUUUAAUAAUUUGUAGUUAAACCCCCUUAAUACAAAAUUGUCACAGACUAUUUGAUACAGUUUGUUAAGCCAUGAAAUAUCUCAAGGGUACUUUCUAUGUCAUAGUAGGCACUUAUAUGAGAAGGUCUAAAGCAGGAGGCACACUUAAGUCAAUUGGCACCUUUGCCUGGCUCAUAUUACCAGCACAUGCACUCAAAGUGGAUUGUGAUGUCACUUGAACUUUAUUCACAUGCUCGCUGAAUAUGUGCACCAACUUUUUUGUUCACUAGUUUGUCCAAUUAUUCAGCAAAUAGUAAAGUAUAAAAAUGGCACCAUAAUGUAUGUUAAGUUCAUCUGCUGGUAGCUUUAUAUUGUUAGUGAAUAAAUUGACUUAAGUGCAACUCUUGAAUGUAGACCUCAGAAUCUCAUUAUGAUAGUUUCAAGGACUUCUGAUUGCUCAGAUUAUAAUAUUGACUGUGUUGAAUUAAUUAAUUACUUUGAUAUUGACAAAUAAUUAUAUAAUUCUGAAUGCCAUGGCUUUGCAUCUGGCGUCUGUAUCCACUUCUUGAUUGAUACGUAACUCUUGUAUCCACUGUCUGAGAGAGCUGGUGUCUGCCCACAAGCAGGAGACAGUCAGGGUAAGGUGCCGAGCUGUAUUAACCCCAUCAUAUUGUAUCAUGAAUCUGGUUUGUAAUCUCUUUCUAUGUAUUCAGAGGUAUUUCUCAUUUUUGACAAUUAUCAAGGAUAUCAUUUUACUCUUUUCAUUGUUUAAAUUGAAAUUAAAACUUUCAAAAUUGCCUGUUGAUAAAUAUCAAGCCAUAUUUUACAAUAUGAUGCAAGGUAUGUGUCAGCACUGUCUAUAAGCUGGGUAGCCAUAGGUCGUAUGUUAGGGAAACUGGACAUGUUAUUUUGUCAAAUACAGCAGAGAGCGGCGCAUUAGGUAGUGUCUACUGUAACUUUUUUUAUGGUACAGUAGUAGUUUCAGCAGGGAAAAAUGUAUAGUUUAUAGUGUGAAUGUGAUGUGUUAUGAGGGAUAGAAAGAAGUACUGUUUAUGUUGCUUGGGUGGGUUGUUGUUGUGGGGCCUUGAAGGGAUGGUAUGACAGAGUAUGGUUGUCAUUAAUGUUGGUUGUAUGUAUGAUCUUUGUUAUUUACAAGAAUAUAUAUUGUUAGAUGUUUCUUGGUUAUGUUAACUAACCAGAUGUAAAUUUGUAAUAUGUCUUUGGGGAAGGGAGAAUUUGGGAGAUUACAUAAUUUUAUCUAUAGUGAAUAGUUUUUUCCAAAUAAUUUUUAUGAACGAAUUAUACUUCAAAGGACCAUCAAAUCCUUCAAAUCCAGAUACUUUUCCAGGGUUAACUUUUUAUGCAUUUCUGCAGUUUUAUCUGUAUGUUGUUUGUUUACAUCGAGGUUAUAGUUGUAACAGUUUCAGACCGUGCUGACAUUAUUCCAUAGUAGCUCAGGCUGGGAACAUGAGAAAAUAUAACAUACUGGUGCAGCUCAGGCAGCUAAAUAUUAUUCAAGGUGUUUGCCAGAUAAGUGACAAGCACUGAGGAAAUGCUAAAGUCUUGUAGUAGCUUCCCUAGUAAGCUUGUCAGUAUUAUGGCUAAUAAUAGUGCUUCAAUGUUGCCGUGACCCUGACAAACAUAUCAGACCACCUGCUUGAUGGCAAACAUGAUAACUGUUUUUAGGAGAAAUUAAAAUCAAAACGAGUGUAAUCUAUGCAAGUUAUAAUGUUUUGGCAUAAAUGUUUUCGCCUCAAUAAUAUGUGAAAGUCAAUAGCUCAUCCACACUUCAGAUGAUGAUGACAUUGAAUACAUUUUCAGCUGUGGCUCCUUUUUUUGACUUACUAAGCAAUAAGAAGAGAGAACCAGUAGUAGUGUGCAUAUUUUAGUGUUGACAACUCCUCUAGGUGGUUGGUGUGUAGGGGUGGUGGUGCUGGGUGCUGACCUUAGCUACACUACCACCCCUUCUCUUGGCCCCAUGGCUACCACAGACCAUGUCUGCAGCUCAUUUACUACCAUAGGCACCACUUCUGAUUGAUGAAUGCUGUGUACACAAGGUGCCACUGGUGCAAGGGUGUGACUGUGUUUACUGUGAAUGUAUCAUAAGUGUGCCAUGGGUGUGGUGGUCUAGUGUUAGAGUGAGCGUAUCGGGGUACCGUGGGAAGGGUCGGUGUGCCGCAUGAUCUCAUUGUUAAUGUGUUGUCCCCCCGUGGCUCCAGGCCCCCCCACCCUUUCCCCUCCCAGUCUUUCCCAUGGUGCGUGUGGUGGUGGGUGCAGUGGCAGUGGUGAUGGUGAGCCAGUGUUAAUGGUGAUGGUGGUGGUUGUGGUAGUGGUGGUAGCAAUAAGAUACCGCUAUCUACAUCAAUGACAUCUCCUCACCUUCCCCCUACCCUACCCCCAGCUGGCAGUCUCACCCAACCUCUCCCAGUACCUAACGUGUCUUGUUCCAAUCAUUUUUAUAUUAGAAAUGUUCUUAUGUUAUUAAUUAAUGUGAAUUAUUUAUUCUCACUUUUAUUUUUUGUUAAUACACUUUUAGAUAGUGUAGCUACGUUUCUCACCUUCGGCUAGGGUCGGGGUGCAAGCGCUGUCGCUGGUGACGUGUGUGGCACCGUAUUCCAUCCAUGACUAGUUUACCUCACGUUCCUCUCCGUAUUUAUAGCUUAUAUUUUGAAAGCAUUUUGUGUGUACAUAGCUUUUCUCCUUCACCUUCUUGAAACUCCCUUAUGAGAGAGAAGAAUCUCAAACCCCUCCACCCUCACCCUGCCUCCCCAGACAGCUUCCCAUGACCAUAGGCUCGUGGCCAGCUUCUUUACAGUCCGCUAUAAUUUUUUUUAAUGUAUAAAGUGAAACCAUAGGUUUAGGCUUCCGCCUGGGUGGUGCUCUGAGCUACCUAGGACUUGAUGACACUUUUUUUACCAGCCUAUGUUUGACGUCAGUGCAGUUUUAGUUUCUGUAUGUUGAGAUAAAAAUGAGGAUAGUCGUAUGUUGCUCUGAAGGUAGGCAGGUAUCCAUGUGGGUAGAAUACAUAAAUAAGUUUUUGUAAUUUAUACCAGAUGUUUCAUAUAUUUUUAAAAUAUUUAUUGCCGUUACUGCACUUUUUCCGUUAUGGGCACGGAAGGUCUCUCUGCUUCUCGCUGUUGAGCUUUAAUGAAUCCAUUGUUGCAGCCUGAGAGGCAUGGAUUGUUAGUCCUAAAAGAAAGACUAAUAACCCAUGCCCGCAUUCCCAUGCCUACAUACAAACCCCGUUGUCACAAGAAGGCUGACAGAUCUGCUGCCUGCCUGCCUGCCAGCAGAAUGACAACCUCAUGUCCGGGGAUGUUAGUACUCAGUUCUUUUGGUAUUGUUUUAAAUACCUGGCAUGUCAAUAAUGAAUAUUGUUAUUACUGUGGGUAUGGGGGUGCAGCUGACUUGUGACUAAUGAUGUGGGUGUGACGUCCACUGUGCUCACCCAUACAAUGAGCUAGGUCGCCCCUCACCUCAAGCAGUCACCCUUCACCCCUCAUUCGAACGCUCUGGGCAGGUGCCCUUUUUUCCCAUUGGGCAGCCCUUCCCUCACUCCCCCCUCUCGCAACUGAUACCUGUGUUUUUAUUUGAACGAGUCUGUACAGUUCUUGUGUAAUGAUUAGAAAUAUUACUGAGGAUACUGAAAUAAUAUACAUGUGUUGUGAUUUCUCAAACAAAAUAAAUAGUGUGAAUUGUGUUCCUAA